GUCUCCCUCUAGGUCAUCUGAUGGUGUGUGCGCGGCAGGAGCAGUGGUGGUGAGUCGUUUGAAGAUGGGGGAGAUGGAGGAGGUGGACUUGGACCACAUCACCACCGAGUUACCGUCACACAAGUGUCCCUUGGUUUGUGAGUCUGCGUCCCAUUCCUGCAUCGACAGAGACAAUAACCCACUGACAGGUCCAGUGUUCAAGAACCCAAUAUGCAAGGUGUACAGAUUUCAAACAGUGGACAGCAAAUGGAUGCUGGUGCGGGAACAAAUGGAGGAGUGCACCUUGUCGUUCAGCAUCCCCAAACAGCUGCUCUCACUGUAUAUUCAGGAGGACAUGAGCAGGGUCCGGCACCUGCGGGAGCUGGGGGAGCUUUCUCCUCACUGGGACAACUUAAGAAAGGAGGUGAUGACCCGAUACGGAGGAAUCAUCGGCUCCUACCAGGAGACUUUGGCUGAGCUGGACAAGAUUACUGGUCGUUCAUUCAAGCCAAGCUGCUGCAAAGCCCAGAAAUCUCUGGAGUUCAUCCCAAUAAACCUGCACACCCAGAGGAUGAGGGUGACGUGCCCCAGAAAAACAGAUGCUUUUUAUGACAUUGUCACCGUGGGUGCCCCUGCAGCCCAUUUCCAGGGGUUCAAGUGUGGCGGUCUGCAGCGUCUCCUCAGCAGAUAUGAAUCAGAGAAAAAGAGGUAG